AUGAAUAAAAAUUCUACGAGUGAUGAUGCUAUCUCAGUUGAGAAUUCACCUGCUGCACAACAUCCUCAUGUUGACAAUGAGCAACGUGAAAACUCAACGCAAAAUGAAUUUAAUUCAGCAGAAUGUGCCACUGCUACUAAUACAACAAAGAAGUGGUCAAUGACUCCGACACGUUUAGAAUUUUCGCCUUGGUCGCGACAUCGAUCUUCAAUUGCUGCAGGUGCAUUUGCUGUAUUCACAAUUAUAGCAAUGAGUAUUGGUAUAUUGACUGUUUGUUUCACUUCACCAAAAGCUACUGUUCAAAAAUGUGAGCUCAAAUUCAAACCAACGGCUCAAAAACCAGUUGAAUACAAGUAUGGCCCACGAUCUGUUGCCGUUGAGGAUUUCGACAAUGACACAUGUUUGGAUAUGGUUAUUGCUCAUCAUAUAGCUAACACGAUAACUGUUUAUCUUGGAUAUGGUAAUGGCACUUUUAAAAGUCCAAUUACAUAUUCAACUGGUUCCUACUCAAGUCCUUACAUGGUCACAGUUGGUUAUUUCAACAACGAUUCUUACUUGGAUAUUGCAGUAGCAAAUUUUGGCACUAACAAUAUCGUUAUCUUUCAUGGACUUGGCGAUGGGUCUUUCGCAAAUCAAAAAGAACUUUCAACAGGCUCCUCUCGUCCAAUAGCGAUUAUCGGUGCUCAUUUCAACAAUGACACACUACUUGAUAUUGCCAUAAUCAAUUACGGAAACCACAGUAUUAGUAUACUCUAUCAAUAUGGAAAUGGAAGUUUUUCGCUUCCAAUUACAUAUCCGACAGGUUACGAUUCUUUUCCGUCCUCAAUAGCUGCUGGAGAUUUCAAUAAUGACAACUAUUUAGACCUCGCCAUUGCAAAUUAUGGCACUAACAAUAUUGUGAUACUUUUUGGAAAUAGCAACAGCACUUUUGCAAAACAAAUUACCAUCUCAAUUGGCAUUGGUUCCCAACCAUACUCCAUUGCCAUUGGUGAUUUCAAUGCAGACAACUUUCUCGAUAUCACUAUUGCUAAUUUUAGAAGUCAUGAAGUAGGUGUGCUCCUAAAUAAUGGUAAUGAAACUUUCGCUAAUCAAGUCAACUAUUCCAUCAAUUCUGCUUCUCCAAUUGCCAUUUCGGUAGUAGACUUCAAUCAAGAUAAUCGAUUGGAUAUAAUCACCACGAAUCAAGGCGCUGACAAUAUAGCCAUACUUCUUGGAUAUGGGAACGGCAAGUUUGCAAAUUCAAUUAUGUAUUCAACCGGAUCUUCUUCUACGAUUUCAGUUGCCGUAGGUGAUUUCAACAAGGACCAUCGAUUAGAUAUUGUCGUUGUAAACAAUGAUACUGGUGCCAUUGAUAUUCUUGUUGGACGUUACGAAGGCUUUCAAAAUCAAACAAGCUAUUCAGUUGGCUCUUAUCCAACAUCUGUAUCUAUUGGUGAUGUCAACAAUGACACUCGACUAGAUAUCGUUGUCGCCAAUUUGGAUAGCAAUGAUGUGAGUGUCCUUCUUGGAUAUGGGAAUGGUUCUUUUGAAAAUCAAACAAGGUAUUCAGUUGGCUCUUAUCCACGAUCUGUAGCUAUGGGUGAUGUCAACAACGACACUCGACUAGAUAUCGUUGUCGCCAAUGAGGGUAGCAAUGAUGUGAAUGUUCUUCUUGGAUAUGGAAACGGUUCUUUUGAAAAUCAAACAAGGUAUUCAGUUGGCUCUUCUCCACUCUCUGUAUCUAUUGGUGAUGUCAACAAUGACACUCGACUAGAUAUCGUUGUUGCCAAUGGGGAUAGCGAUGAUGUGAGUGUUCUUCUUGGAUAUGGAAACGGUUCUUUUGAAAAUCAAACAAACUAUUCAGCUGGCUCUGGUCCAUUCUUUGUAUCUAUUGGUGAUGUCAACAAUGACACUCGAUUAGAUAUCGUUGUUGCCAAUAUGGGUAGCAAUGAUGUGAGUAUCCUUCUUGGAUAUGGAAACGGUUCUUUUGAAAAUCAAACAAGGUAUUCAGUUGGCACUUAUCCACGAUCUGUAUCUAUUGGUGAUGUCAACAAUGACACUCGACUAGAUAUCGUUGUCGCCAAUUGGUUUAGCAAUGAUGUGAGUGUCCUUCUUGGAUAUGGAAAUGGUUCUUUUGAAAAUCAAACAAGGUAUCCAGUUGGCUCUUAUCCACGAUCUGUAGCUAUUGGUGAUGUCAACAAUGACACUCGACUAGAUAUCGUUGUUACCAAUUGGGAUAGCAAUGAUGUAAGUGUUCUUCUUGGCUGUGACAAUAUAGUUUUUGUAAAGCAAAUGACGCUCUUAACUGGAAAUGGUUCCGCACCACAGUCCUUAGUGAUUAGUGAUUUCAACAGUGAUGGUCUGAUGGAUAUUGGCGUCGUUAAUUCAGGCAUGCAAAAUAUUGAUAUUUUUCUUGGAUAUGGAAAUAUCUCUUUUGCAAAUGAAAUGACAUAUUCAACACACCCAUAUUUAUCUCCAUGCUCUAUGGCUGCCGGUGAUUUCAACAAUGAUAGCCGAAUGGAUAUCGUCUUUGUUAGUUGUUUCCCAACAAUUCUGAGUAUUCAAAGUGCUAAGGAAUCCUUAGAAACGUUGUAUCCAUUAGCUUCAUUUGGAUUUUGA